AUGAGAAACUAUUACAUGGGUCGUCUCAUUGGUCAAGUGAUGCCGUCUAGUGACGCUGCAUUGCUAUCUCGAAGUCAACGUGCUUUCCAAGAACGACCAGAUUUGAUGCUGAAUGUUCUUAAUAUUCGACCGGGGAUGAUUGUGGCUGAUGUUGGUGCGGGAACGGGAUAUACAAGUCUUCAAAUAGCCAAACGCGUUGGACCAACAGGCAUCGUUUUUAGUACCGAUGUACAGAAAUCGAUGUUACAAUUACUCACCAUUAACGCCAUAUAUUAUGGUAUGCACAAUAUUCGUCCGGUGCUGUCUACCGCUGACAAUCCAAAUCUUCCACAUAAUAGCUUUGAUCUUAUUUUAAUGGUUGAUACGUAUCAUGAAUGUUCAAAUCCACCAGCUACCUUGAGAGGACUUCGAAAAGCAUUAAAACCCAAUGGUCGAAUAGUCGUCGUUGAAUAUCGAGCAGAAGAUGCGAAUAUACCGUUACUUCUAGAUCAUAAAAUGUCCAUUUAUCAAACUCGUUUAGAAUUUGAAACUAACGGUUUUAUAUUCAUUGGAAAUGUGGAAAUCCUUCCAUUACAGCAUAUCAUGAUAUUUCAGAAACAACAAGUAAGAAAACAAGUAAGAGAACCAGUAAGUGAACCAGUAAGGGAACAACUAAGAGAACCAGUAAGUGAACCAGUAAGGGCACAACUAAGAGAACCAGUAAGGGAACAACUAAGAGAACAACUAAGAGAACAAGAAAGAGAACAAGUUUAA